CUUGUUGCAAAACUCAUUUUAGAAUUUAUAGGGUAACGGCUAACGUUAACACUGACCGUGCAGUUGGGUUUAAAAGCCACGUGGAUGAUGACGUGGUUUAGAGUUGAGGUGUCACACUCCCAUUGGUUAGACUCAUCGUUGAUUAUCAGGUACGGACACAGCAUAUAAUUUCUACGCCCCGAAGAGAAUGCAUUGGGUACGACCUUGUGAGGCCGGGAUUAACGAGACUGGCAAGGAUUUCGGGAUCAAAACAAAGCUAGGGCUCAAUUUGAAGGGAGGACAGGAAUCGAGAUUUAUGAAUAACAAUAGCACUCACAGACAGGCACUACGUCUAGGACACAAAAAACUGUUGCGUGCAGAUUAGAUUUUAAAUUAGUGCACUCCAUUGGGACACUUCUCGUCCUGGUUUGUUAACAAACUUCUCGUCCUGGUUUGUUAACAAACCUAGAUCUCCAAUUUGACCAGUGCCAAUCAAGUGCAUCUGACUCUGUCCCCAAGUAAGGCUUCUGCAACUGGGUUUGGAAAUUGUCUUCUAGGCAUCAAAAUGGGAAACUGUGUAGCUAGGCCAAAAUUUGAAGAUGAUUCUGAAGAACAUGUAGAGCUUGCCGGUGGGAAUGUACAUCUAAUCAUGACAAAGGAGAGUUGGGAUCAGAAGUUGUCAGAAGCGAGUGAGGCUGGGAAGAUAGUUCUGGCAAACUUUAGUGCAACAUGGUGUGGUCCUUGUAGGAUGAUAGCACCUUUUUUCUCCGAGUUAUCUGAGAAAUACCUUUCUCUAAUGUUUCUAGUGGUUGAUGUUGACGAGUUAACUGAUUUCAGCUCUUCGUGGGAUAUUAAGGCAACUCCUACUUUCUUUUUCCUUAAAAAUGGGCAACAAAUUGACAAGCUUGUGGGAGCAAACAAGCCAGAGCUACAAAAGAAAAUAAUUGCUGUUGUAGAAUCUGCUGAGCCUUCCCCAUGUGAUCUUUAGCACGAUUCUGUCCUCUGUUAGUGAUAAGGCCAUUUUGAUUUGUUUUCGUAGUUGCUGAUGUGUGGCCUCUCUGUAUAUCCUGUCUACAUGCAUAUCUGAUGCAGAAACCUUGAACCUUCAUCCCUUGGUAAA